AUGACGAAUUGCACCAGCCUGAAGGAGAUUGAUGACAUGUGCAAGGACGGAAGAUCCACUGCCGACAAAGGCUUGCUUAUUGAGACAACUGACGCACAGCACGCGUUGUUUACCUCUGUUACCGCCUGCACCCACUCCGAUCCCCUGCGGCUUAACUCACCUGAGGGCAAGGCGGGUAUGAGUCCAUCCGUCGUAUCAUCCUCCUCCCGCCUCAGCACGACGCUUCCAAAGGCACAAACGAAGCGGAAACGCCUUACAAAGGAGUAUGUGCAUCACUUCGACACCAUCGGACGCACUAGGGCGUCGCGUCUCCACUUGCCUUCAACUCCGGACCCCUCCCCCAUCAUCUCGGAGACUCAGCCUACCAGCGAAUACAUGGGUGAGACUACAAUAUCGAACGGCGUCACGGACAGUCCAGCUGGGACGGUAAAGUGGAAGGACGAGAUUUCGGAUGAGAAUGAGCUCCUGACUGUGGGGAUCGUGGAUGUGUUCUUGGGUGUCAUACAUCCCACCUUGAAGAAACUACCCCUGGACCUGCUCAGGAAGGUCAAAGGUCCGCUACGAAAACUCCGGGAUGAGUAUCUUGAAGUGGUCGAUAACAAAGAUAGCUUAGAGCGCGAUUUGUAUGCACCCUUUGCUGAGAUGGUCUCCAGUAUUAUCAAGGCCAAUGGAGGGAGGGAUCGAUUACGUGAAAACGCACGGGAAGAAGAAGCUUCUAGGGACCUUAAUCCCGAUGGUGUUUUUGUUCGCAAGAGACGCGGACGGAGGGCACCAACAUCCCCCGAUCAAGUGCAUUGGAGGGAUAUUCUCUUUCCCAUCGACCUGAAGCGAAAGGAAAAUUGCCGUGCUUCACUGCUGUCUCUCACCUCAGAUAGUGAAAUGACAGAGGAGCAGAAAGAGCGGGAGUCUGAGAAAGUCGGCGAGGCGACGUUGGAUGGGAGGCAAUAG